AUGCGUUUGUUUUAGUCAUAGAGGGUCACCGGUACUGCUGAUGUCUACGUGCGCACACGGCGCCGCGUUUCCUGGGACAAGCUGAAAUAAAUAUCACUCCAACCCUGUAGAAACCCUGGAUUGUGUGGUUUGUCAAGUGAUGUUUUCUUUUCACAGUCGGAGCUGUAGAAACGGCGCGGAGCUAGCAAGCUGUCAAUCGUAAUAAUAAAGGGCUUGGCUGUAAUUUUACUUUAAGCUAACAUUAGCGCACUUUGCAUAUUUUACUCCCUGGUUCAGCACCAGCGACAUAGACUGGAUUGGCUGCAUUUCAAUGGAGAGUCUGUCAAAAACAUCUGCUGUUGAUGCUACGCGGGAGAAGGAGCUCCAUCCACCACCCAGUGGAGUUGUAUCUGACAGCCUGUCAUUGCCAUCUUAUAAGGAAUACCCUGCACACCGUCCUCUCAUCAACACACUUGUGCUUCACACACCCCAAACACGCACACAUAACUCAUGUCGCCCAUCAUCACCCAGCAAGGCCUUUCCAGAGACCAGUAGUGCAGCAAUCUUAUCUGCUUUGAGGAACCUCCAGGAGAAGAUUAGGAGGUUGGAGUUGGAGAAAGGACGCGAAGAGCUCAGUCUGCACAGUAUGGGGAAAGAUGCAUCACACACACAUUUACAGAGUGAUAAAAUGACACAGAGAGUCUUAAAUAAUCAGACAGACACAAGGAGAGAGACAAGUGACGGGUCCAACUGCAACCAAGUGUUGAUCACCCACCUUGCGGCUGCAGAGUCUCGCUGUGUGAAGUUGGAGCGACAGUUGGAUCACAUGAGGAGGAUGUUGCGCAAUGCUAAGGCAGACAGGACGAGUCUGCUCAAACAGCAGGUUUCCAUGGAGACAGUCAGGUCAGCUGAUCAACAACCUGGCACAGUGUCAGAGCAUGCCCAGUUGGAGAAGCUGGAGCGACUGGAGCAGGAGUAUCUCAGGCUGACACGUACACAGAACCAAGCUGAGGUUAAGAUUCAGGAGCUAGAGAUGAAACUACAGGAGGAGGAGUACCAGAGAAAACUGGUCCAGGAUAAAGCUAACCAGUUACAGACAGGUUUGGAGGCCAACCGGAUCCUGCUGCGAUCAGUGUCACCCUGCCUGUCCAGCACACAGUCCAAAGACAGGAAGUGUAAUUCAAAGAAAUCUUCACCCCAGCAGUCGUCCUACACACAGCCACACUACAGAUUGAGCCUCAGAGAUGUACCUUUUGUUACUGGAACGUCAGUAGGCUGCAGCCACUCUGUCAGAGCAAACGUCCAGUCAGUUCUGUCUCUCCUGAAGCGACACCAGCCGCACCUUUGCAACAACCGUGUCCUCUCGAACAACCCAAACAGCUCUGAGACAGGCAGCCGCAGACAUUCAGACAGCUCCUCUUCUUCCUCCUCCACCAGUGGGGAGGAACUAUCAGAGCUUCUGCAGGCACUACAGGAGGAGCUCCGACUUAUGAGCAUAGAGCAGGAUGAGCUGAUGAGGCAGUUGGAGUACAGUGUGACUGAACAGGAAAGAAAAGAGCUUCAGAGGGAGCAAGAGGGGCUGCUUCUGAAAAUGGAGAGGAAAGGAGAGCAGAUCAGUAAGCUAUACAAACACAAAACACAGAUAAAGAAGUUAAGAAAGGAAGCAAGUACGAGGCGGGGCAGUAGGAAUGAGGUGAGAGUGACUACAACAGUGUCCACUAGAGGUCGCGCUUCUGGAGCACUCAAACUUAAACCAGGAGAAAGAAGCAAGAGGAAUCUGAGGCUGCUGAGGGAUAUGAAAGCUCUGCAGACUUCAUUACGGACCUGAAACUCACACAGCAAGUAACAUUAAGCUUGUUGCUGCCUACUACCUACCUAUGGCCAUCAUUUCAACAUCAGCACAGCCACUGACUGAUAAACACUGCAGGAACUUGGCAGACUACUAUGAUUUUUGACACCUUGAGUUCCUUCAGUUUUUUUUAUUGUAUCAGGAACACUAACACAUCUCGUAAGAUUGUACAUUUUGAAACAAAAAUAAUUUCCUAUCUACCAGUCACUUAAGUGCAUUUUAUCAAAACAAAGUAAAUUAUCUGAUCUCUUUGCUCCCUGUCACCUUCAUGUCAGAUGAAUAUUCAGAAUGGUUCAAAGAAAGAGGAGGCUUGAUAUACAAAAGUAACUUUACUUUUUGUUCAUGGUGCAUGUUUUUUGUUGUUGUUUUGUUUUGUUUUUUACUGAUGUUUACAUUUUCUACCAGCAGAGGGCGUAAAAGUCUGUGUAACUGAAGAGCACUGGGAAAGCCAGAUAUUUUAGUUUUUCAUGUAGUUUUCCAGGCAUGGAAAAAAAUUGUAUUGCACAAAGAUAAAUACCAGAAAAUUAAACAAAAUUUGUGGUUUCCUCGGGAGAAAAAAAGCAUUAAUGGUGCAAAGCCAUUAAUGGGCUGUUUGGUGAUAUGUACAGAUUCUCAACUUCUAUAAGGCAUUGUAGUGUAAAGAAAAAUGACGGCAAUGAAGUAGUUUGAUACAUAUUUCUGCAGUUUGAUUAACCUAAUGAUAUGCUGAAGGACCUAAAAAUAUAUAGAUAUAUAUAUAUAUUCUACUGCAUUUGGAUAAAACAACUGUAUCCCCCCUGAUGUUGCAGACUGUUAAUACGUGUGUGCACAUGUGGAGUGUUAUGAUCAUAAUAUUUUUAGAAGUUUACAAUUAUUUCUAGGACGAUUUUGUUACUUUUUGACAAUCAUGAUAUUUUUGGGUGUAUUUUUCUCAGAAUAAAAAAAAAUGUAUGUUUGCAUAUUACUACAGUAUUCCCGUGUUUCUGAAUAAAUGGAUCAUAUAUUGCACUGGCAACCAGCCUUAAAACACAGUAGUGGGUUUCAUUUUUGAAGAUAUUCCCAUGAUCCAGUGUUCCCUUCUACCUGUACCCUGCUGGGUUGUGUUUGAGCUGCUCUUCUUUGUCAUACGUGUCUUAUCUGCUUUUGAUGCUGGAGCCACGGACCACCGCCAUGACAUCAGCAGACAUCAGACUUCAAUAAGAUUACAACGACCUGAAAAUAAAUUCUCAAUAACUGUGUAACCACUCAAAUCUUCAGACUGUAUUUGGCCUUAUCACAUCAUUUUAAACAAAAAAGUAUUUACAUGCAAGUAAACAGUAAUCCAAGUCAGUACUUUGAACCAAAUCAGAGGAAUAACUUUAACUGUUUACUCUGCUUUUAAUCAUGUCUGAUCUCUUUU